AUGAAAUUUGGAGCUCAUUUUCAAGAAGCCAUAUCUCCAGAAUGGCAUUCGUACUAUCUUGACUACGAUUUGUUGAAACAGAAAUUGAGAAAAGCCGAGACUGAUGGAGCAUUCACUGAACGAGAUGAAACCGAAUUCGUUGAGCUGUUGGAUGGUAAUUUAGAAAAGGUCAAUGCUUUUCACAAAGCACAAAUGAACCGAAUCCAAAAUGAAAUCGAUUUUUGUACAACAUCAAUCUCGGGCCAAUUAGUCCCAGCAAGUCAAGACCAUAGUAGCACAAUUGAACUCGCAUCUUUGCAGGAGAAGAUCAACAGCAUUGCUGACGAUGUGAAUCGUUUAGAAAAGUUCACUCGCUUCAACUACACUGGGUUUCUCAAAAUUGUAAAGAAACACGAUCGUCAUACAAAUUACAUCCUUAGACCCAUGUUUAUGGUGCGAUUGAAUCAAUGUCCAUUUUGGAAGAAGGAAGAGGAUAACAACGCUUUGCUGAUUAAGCUCUCAUCCCUGUUUAGUCAAGUGCGUAAUGGUGGAGGCGAUGGAGCCAUGUCGUUUCAGCAACCUCUUUCUGCAAGUUUGAUCAAGGAGCCAGAGUUUGGAUUAGACACCCGUCGGACUGUCAUCAAGCGGUUUUUUGUCCACACCGAUGAUGUGUUGGAAUUAAAGACAUCUGUAUUGAGACAUUUGCCUGUAUUGGUGUAUCGUAGCAGAGACAACAGCAGCCAAGAAGACAUUGACCCUCCCAUCUCAACACUGUAUUUGGAUAAUGCUGAAAUGGACUCUUAUUGCUCUCGAGUGGAGUCUGCCCCUCAUUCCCAAAUCAUACGGUUGCGAUGGUAUGGUUCCGCCAAGGGAAACCGCUACAUCUCUGUGGAGAGACGUACACUGGAAGACGAGAAUCUAGGCGAUCUCAAGGACAAGUUUACUAUCAAAGACAAGUACGUUGAUGGUUUCUUACAAGGUGAUGAAACAUUCCUGCAGAAAAACAUCAAAAAGAUGGAAAUGAAUGGUAGAUCCAAGGAGGAUAUCGACAAAUUUGCAGAUCUGGUGCAGCAGGUUCAAAAGACCAUAAUGGAGAAACACAUGAAGCCCAUCUUAAGAACGUAUUACAAGCGUACCGCAUUCCAGAUUCCCGGAGAUACAGCUGUGAGAAUGGCAUUGGACACUGAUCUCUGUUUUUUGCGUGAAGAUUCUGGUUUGUUUCUCAACGAACCCGUUGUCCGUAGACCCAAAGGCAACUGGAGACGCCCCGAUGCUGAUAUCAACUUUCCCUUCAACAGCCUCAAGAAAGACAUUGAGGUGAAUAGAUAUCCAUACGCAACAUUUGAGAUCAAACUGGAUUUAGCACCUGGUGAAGAAGAGCCAAAAUGGAUCACUAAUUUGCAAGACAACGGCCUUUUGGAGGAAGCCUAUCAAUUCUCCAAGUUUGUGCAUGGUAUGGCUAUUAUGUUUGAAAAUCGUGUCCCACUAUUGCCCUAUUGGCUUGCACAAAUCGACGAUGAUCGCAAACUACUGCCCACGCUGCCGUCCCAGGCGCCUUCAGUUUCUGUCAAAAAGCCCACAAAAGCACAGCAACAACAGCAACAACAGCAACAAAACCAGCCACCACAUGUCAGCGAAGAGACGUCGCUUUUAUCUAAUCAACAGCAAGCAUCCAAUUAUCUGAAUGUUCCAUCCACUAGCUCGACCGCAGCAUCACUUGUAUCAGAAGAGGGCGAGUCUUUGGCAUCACGAAGCGAUGGGAACAUUUGGCAAAGAAUUGCGCAGUUUCCAGAUCAACUUGGCCGCAUGCUGAGUGGUGAUCGUGGUGAUGAUAAUCAACAAGAGCAGGGAGAACAAACGUUUGUAUUACCACCAGGCGUUAAAAUCCCCAAGAAAGUAGUUACACCCAUCAAGGUUGAGCCCAAGGUGUUUUUCGCAAACGAACGCACCUAUUUCUCAUGGAUGAAAUUUGGUACAAUGUUAUCCACAUUCUCAUUGGCGUUAUUCAACACGGGCGAUGCAGUUGGUAAAUUGAGUGGCGUCCUGUAUACCUUGAUUGCUCUUUCUACGCUGAUUUACGGUGUUGGGCUGUAUUACAGAAGAAGAGAGUUAAUUAGGGCUAGAUUAGCAGGCCCCUAUGAUGAGAUGAUUGGUCCAACUGUUAUUUGUUUUACACUCAUGGCUGCUGUAGGUAUCAAUGCCUAUCUUAAAUUUACCAUACCUGCUCCUGGUUUACUCUAUCUCUACUAA